AUGGGAGCAGAGCUAGCCUCUGGAGGUAAUCAGAAUCUGAAUGACGCCGAUUUCACGUGUUCGCUAUUCCGAUUCUUGCAGCUGACCUGUGAAGGUCACAAUCUAGGCAAGUUACUUGGAUUUUUAUAUUUCCAAAAUUAUCUCCGUACGCAACCGGGUCAUACAACAAGUGUUAAUCUCAUCAACAGCACCGUCGAUUAUCUCCUUCGUCUUCAAGAAUCCGUUAUGGAUUUCUAUUGGCACUACUCCAGCAAGGAAGUAAUUGGAAGUGAAAGGAGGAUACGGAGUACUUCUUGCGAGCGAUACAACGUAUGUCAGUCAAAUAGUAUUCAACACGCUAGCACUGAGAGCAAUCACAGAGGAGAAUGCGUGCGCAUCCCUAAAAGAUUGGUUGAUCGUUGGCAAGUACUCAACUUUUCUUAUAUCCUUCAGGACAUAGCGUUGGUAACAGAUGACGCUGCAGAUUCACGUCUCUGGGAUGCCAUCAAUGGUUUCUUCUUCCUUUUCGCCCACAUGAUGGAGAAAUUGUACAAGAACUCUACUCAGCUUGAAUUGCUUCGUGAAUUUUUGAAUCUCCAAAAGGAUAUGAUUGUUCUGAUGCUCUCUAUGCUCGAAGGAAACGUUCUCAAUGGACCAAUCGGAAAGCAAAUGGUCGACGCGUUGGUCGAAUCACAACCGUCUGUGGAGAAAAUUCUCAAAUUCUCGGAUAUGUUCUUGAAGUUAAAGGACCUAACAACGUCACAAGCAUUCCAGGACUUCGACACAAAUCGAGACGGCUGGAUCAGUCCAAAGGAAUUCCAGAGGGCUAUGGAAAGUCAGAAGAUGUACACAGUGUGA